UUAUAACGUAGUGACCGUUUCAUACGAACCCAGUUGAAAAUUCAUUGAACGGCAAGAUGACUGUAUCGCUAAACACAAAUCGCCAUACAUGGACCAGACCACGGCCCAUUUGGCCAAAGGACCAUUUCAAAUCCAACGAAUUUAUCGGCGAGAAACCAUUCAUUCCGUCGUUCAACAAUCGAAACACUAUUCCCGACACUUGGAUGCUGCUGCGAUGGGAUUACUAUCGCAUUUACGCGAAAGAACAUCGGGCCUACAUUGAUGAACGACUGGCUCGCGAGGCAAAAAUGAAAGCUAAAGCGGUUAUAAAGGACAUCACGGGCUUGAACAAGAAGAGAGUUACGGUUGAAGCGGAACCGAAGGAAAUGUUCAAAAUGGCUAGAUUCAAAAAUAUCCCGGCCAAGGUCAGUCAUCGAAGAUGCAUUGCAUGUGCCCAUAAACGGAAUUCGGAAUAGCUCAAUGGAUAGUAAUGUAAAUUUCAAGUAUAGAACGGGAAUCUUUGGAGCUUGUCCAGCUUGCAUAUAAUUUUGUGUUUGUAGUGAGUCGACUGAACAGUCGAUUUUAACCAAAUCAUGUGAGUAAAUCUGGUGCUUAGAAAAACCCAAUUUCGUUAAACAA